CUUGGCACUCAAUAUCAUACCCACACUUUUUCUGUCCUGAUCGUGCACAAUUUCGCUCGCAUCAUCAGAUCAGAUAGGGAAGGAGCCAUUGUUACCUGCGCCUUCAAUUAUAACAAAUCUUCACACUUAGUCGACUUUUUCUAUCACUUUUCACAAGCAUUGCCUGCAUUGCAUGGUGUUGAUACAACAGUG